AUGUCGGGGACGCGCUGCCAGGCGCUGUACCCCUUCUCCGGGGAGCGGCACCGGCAGGGGCUGCGCUUCGCGGCGGGUGAGCUGAUCACGGUGCUGCAGGUGCCAGACGGCGGCUGGUGGGAAGGGCAGAAGGAGGACGGGCUGCGCGGCUGGUUCCCGGCCAGCUACGUCCAGCUGCUGGAGCAGAAACCACGAAAGGCAACUCCUCAGCCAGGAGAGGACACCUUGAACGGCCACCUUCCCCCUGGCUGGCAGAGCUACAUGUCUCCCCAGGGUCGCAGGUACUACGUGAACACCUUCACAAAUGAAACGACGUGGGAGCGGCCGAGCAGCGUGCCUGGCACUCCCAAGAGCCCUGUGUCACAGAAGAGCUCUGCAGUGAAUGGCUACUACAUCUCUGGGUCCCCAGUCCACCAGCUCGAGUCGGGUCACAUGAGCCUCCGAAAACCCAGUGGGGACACCCAGAGCCCGGGAUCCCCGGCGGCGCCGCGGCGGCAGAGCAAGGAGAGCAGCCUGACGAUCAACUGUGUGACUUUCCCCCACCCUGACGUAAUGCCAGAGCAGCAGUUGCUGAAACCUUCAGAGUGGAGCUACUGUGAUUAUUUCUGGGCAGAUAAGAAGGAUUCACAAGGGAACAACACAGUGUCAGGAUUUGAAAUUCUUCUUCAAAAGCAACUUAAAGGGAAACAAAUGCAGAAAGAAAUGGCAGAGUUUGUUCGAGAAAGGAUAAAGAUUGAGGAGGAAUAUGCUAAGAACCUGUCCAAACUGUCUCAGAAUUCCUUGGCUGCUCAGGAAGAAGGCACACUGGGAGAAGCUUGGGCUCAGCUCAAGAAGAGUUUAGCUGAUGAAGCAGAGGUUCAUCUCAAAUUUUCUUCCAAGCUCCAGAGCGAGGUAGAGAAACCCCUGCUGAACUUCAGAGAGAACUUCAAGAAGGACAUGAAGAAGUGUGACCACCACAUCGCGGACUUGCGGAAGCACCUGGCCAGCCGCUACACGGCUGUGGAAAAGGCCCGGAAAGCCUUGACAGAGAGGCAGAAGGAUCUGGAAAUGAAAACACAGCAGCUGGAGGUGAAACUCAGCAACAAGACAGAAGAGGAGAUCAAGAAAGCCCGAAGGAAGUCCACCCAGGCAGGGGAUGACCUGAUGCGCUGUGUGGAUCUUUACAAUCAAGCCCAGUCCAAGUGGUUUGAGGAGAUGGUGACCACCACUCUGGAGCUUGAGAGACUAGAAGUUGAAAGGGUGGAGAUGAUUCGGCAGCAUCUGUGCCAGUACACACAGCUGCGGCACGAGACAGACAUGUUCAACCAAAGUACAGUAGAACUUGUGGAUCAGUUGCUUCGGAAAGUGGAUCCUGCCAAAGACAGGGAACUGUGGGUAAAAGAACACAAAACUGGAGAUAUCCGACCUGUGGACAUGGAAAUAUAGACUGAUCUAUGGUUGGAUGUGAUGAGUCCACUGAAUUAAGCAGGCUAAUGUUUGUUUUAAGGGUCAAAAGAGCAUAGGGAAAAGGUUGUUUCACUACCAGACAGACACCUUGUAAUUUAUGCCUGUAUGGGCUAUCUCUGUUCCAUUUAGUCAUUACAAUGGUCCUCGUUGUGCUAAGCCUUAAGCACCAGACAUUCCAGGGUGAAAAAAGCAGAUGUGUGCUUCCCACCAGAGGUUCCCAAUUGCACGCAGCUUCCAGGAGAAAUCUGCUUCCUGGCACAGAAAGUGCCCUGUUCUUCAGUGACUUUGUGCUCCACCCCUUGCAUGACUAUCUCUAUACAGUGUGUUAGAACAACCAGGCAGAGAGCCUCUGGCCAGCGAGGAGAGAACUGAAUCUGAUGCAGGAGGCAAGGAGGUCCUGAUCAGGAAUCCCAGGUCUAUCACUGACUGCUCUCAUGGCCAUAGGCAAGUCAAUUAGCUUUCCUGGCUCCCCUGUUUAUCAAAUCUGUGUAUCCUGCAGCAGUGUUGUGUGAAUACAUUGCUUUCAUAGAACACUGUCUUUCACCAUGGCAGUGAAGUGAUGGCCCUUCUCCCAAAAUCUACGGAGAGGAUUCCUGUUCUUCCUGUUUUAUACUCCCUCUCAGGGAUACAUAAACUCAUUUUCAUGAUUUCUGUUGUCGGCCAGUCGGUAAGUUUGAAAAUGUUACCAUCACAAUUUUUUAUCAGGAAAGACUUGGUUGUACUAUACCUACCUCAUUAGCUGUCAGAGUGCCCUCAAUGACAGAAGGAGGUUGUAUUCCAAGGAAUAAAUGAGAUGUUUAAAAUCUUCCCUGCUCAUGCAAGGUGUUUUUCCACAGAAUCUUCUUAAAGACAGUCCUCUAAUAGUUUACUUAGGAUUCAGGUUUAGAUUUCAUUUUUUGGUUUCUUCAGGUGAAUGCCACAGCCUUUAGGUAUUUUUAAUUACUGGGUUUGUCCUGCUAAAUUUUGGCUGUUAUCUUUUUGGAGCCUGAUUUUCAAAGGUGCCAUGACUAUGUGAUGCUAGAUUGCAUUCAGUGUAGAUGUAGGUGCCCAGCACUUCUGUGUCAUCAGAGUCUUAGCCUGAGUUUUUUUCUAUGUUACUGUCCUGGUUUAGGGCAAAUGAUGAGCAUCAUAAAGUCACCCCAGGCCAUUUACCCUUACUGCAAACCACCAAAAAUUCAACAUUGCUCUUAGCAAAUUGUGUAAUGUAGUUUGGAGACUGGUUUUGAAAUUGUAUUUAUUUUCUUCUGCUGUUAUUUCUGAUUGAGUAUUCAGAGUUGCUGUUAAUAUAUUUUUUCAGCAUUUCACACAAUGCAAAGAUUAUUCACAUUCUUCCUUUCAAUCCAGGAGAAAUCUUGAUUCUCACCACUGUGGCCUUUACUCAGUGUUUACUGUUUUCUUAGCUACAAUAUCCCAAACCAUACUAUUUCAUUUGAUCCACAGUUUCGUUCCAUUUUAUCUCACUGUUACUGUCUUUUUCUCCCCAACCCCAGAACUGCAUCCUUCUUUUGUUCUACUACUGCUCCAGGUUUUUGUUCAUCAUCCUGCAGAUUCUGGGUCUGGAUCAUUGGGAGUCAAUAUUCCUCUUUGGAAAUAAAAACUGAGACACAGAAAAGUCAUACCUGAAGCACGUUUGUAACAUUGCUGCAGUGGUUAUUUUUCUGGUUUAUUAUUUCUAAAUUAUUAUUGCAUUGUUCUCAUACUGCUCCCUUUUUCCCAACCAUCUCUUUACUAGUACAGGUUCAUUCCUGUCUUGCAAAUGCCUUCAUAACCCACUCCUCUGCUGCUUCAUUGACCUUUAGAAACCCUUAGCAUCCUUUGCACGUUGGCAGAUGGAGUGCCAUGGCUGCUGCACACUCAGGAUCACUGCUCCUGGUGUGACACUUCUGUGCUGCACACUUGGGAAUUGGGUCUCCAGUUUUAUUCUUGGUGUUGGAAAAGCCUCACCUGAGUUCCUGCACAGAGCACUGCAGCACCAGCUGAAGUCUCUGGUUUUCCUGAGUGUCCUUGAGCUUAGUGAGAGCCUCCCUGGAAUCUUCUUCUCCUUCCUUCUGCCCUCAAGCAGGGCAGUUGAUGAUCUCUCCUUUUCAGUCUUUCUUCUGAUUCACUCUGUGUCUUACUAAUUUUUGGCCAUAUCAGUGUAAUUCUUUUUCUCUUCAUGCUAGGUCUCAUAAGCUCUCAUAGACAAGCAUUAUACCCAAGAUAGCUCAGCUACCUCAGGUGGCAUAAAAGUAGCAGGAUGGCUCCUGUGACAGUGUUGGAAGCAAAAAUUUUUAAUAAAAGGCAAAAUAAAAAAGCUUUUUACAGAAAAAACCGAGUCAGGGCAAGAGGUUCUUGCUCCUGCUAAAACACUUUACAAAAGCAAUUACAUCUUCUAUUCUCUUCUUUUCUAGUGAAUUGCUUAGGCAGGACUUUUUGGCUCCUGUCCCAUUAGCUAUCCUUAAGUUUGAGGUGAAGGUCCUAUGAGAUGUCUUUUAACCAAAUUGAGGAGAGAAACUUCUGGAAUUUUGUCCUUUUUAAGGAGACAAAAAGUAACUUGUUUACUCUGUCAACAGGGGCACAUUCCUACAUCAGUGUGUAGGAACUCUUGCCUUGCACUUCAGAGGAUAGGCACUUUUUAUUUUUUAAGCCACAAGUGCAGGUUGAACUUUGAAAACUUCAGUGGCCAAAAUAAUGUGAAUACAUGAAAGCUGCAUUUCACGUUGCCCCCUGUUCUAGGCUGUAUUGUAAAUUGACAAUGGUAAUCUUGACAAUGCCUCAGCACGUUCUUACUUUGAUUGCAAAACAAAGCUAGUUGUGCACUUUAUACAGUAUUUUCCUUAAUAAAUACCUGAAAUAAUUCGUU